UUUUGAAAGAUGAUUUCCAUGGUUUAACCGUUUAAGGCUUAAGCAUCAAACGCCAGCAGCAGAGAGGAGGGCUGAAUAUUCAAAUGGAGUCUAUCGUUGCUUCACUUUUGAGCAGUUUCCGGCGGAUUCCUCCGGCGGCGAUUCCGGCGGUGCUUGACUGCAUAUUGACGUCCACAGCCGCGUCUCCAUCCUCACUCUUCUAUCGUCUUCUCGAUGAAUUUCCCGAUAUCUCUAAGGGUAUUGUACAAAAAGGUGAACAAAUCGACAGUGAGUGGCGUAACUCUGUUGCAACCUAUGUGGCUGCCCUAUCUCACUUUGUAAAGAAGUCCGGCCCUCAUGACAUGCAUAUAUUUGUUUGUAAUAUUUGGAUUCCCUUACUAAAAUUGGUUCAUCCGUGUGACCGUGAGUUAUUUAAUGAGGUUUCAACUCUGUUUCUUAAUGUUGUAAAAGAAACAAACAGCUGGGAGGUUCUUGAAGAGACCAUGGUUCCUCUUCUAUUAAGAUCAAUUGGUCUAUCAAUGGGAAUGAGUCAAAACGAGCAGUUUGCAAUAUACAAAUGGAGUGAAAAUCCAAUUUCUAAUGGUUCCAUGGAUGAGGAUAUGAGACCAAAAUUGCUUGGAGAUUUUCACAAUAAGUUAACAGAUAAUUAUAUACCAAAAGAUGUUUUAGUAUGUAAUUCUUAUAUUAUUCCAUUAUCUAUAGCUUGUCAUAUCUUAACUCUAACCUUGUAUGCUGCCCUUCGGAGUACUUAUGAAGACAUUAUACCAGAGUCAACUCUAGCAAUUGGAUCCCUGGCAAAAACUUUUGCAGGGAAAAUGCUCUGGGACCUUUCCAGUUUGACACUUAAAAUGCUUAUACAAACUUCAGAACAUCGGUCCACUGCAAUAAAGUUUCUUCUUCCAUUUAUAUUUAAUGCAUUUGCACGUGAAUAUACAUUCAGUGUUGCAGUUCCUGGGACCUCUCAUGUUUUAACUAGGGAGGACAAUUUUAUAAAAAUUUGGAAGUGUAUUAAGUUACUGUUUACGCUGGGAUCUUUGGAGAGAAGAGAUGCUUACGAUAUACUUUCCCUUUAUUUGUCUCUUCCAUCACCAGUUGAUGAACAUAAAGACUUGGAUAUGGGUGGAAGAGAGGGAGAAUUUGAUUUAAGGGAUGACCAAACAUUUUGGGAUGAGAUCAGGAGAGGCUUGCUUGAUAAAGAGAGCAUGUUGAGGAAGCAAUCACUUCUUAUACUGAAGAGAACAUUAAACUUGAGCAAGGAAAGGAAAAGCCACUCUGAUACUUUGGUGGAAGUAUCCGGGGAGAAUGGAUCCUGUUCUGACAUGAUGGGCAAAAGAGGGAGGUGGGCAGACAAAGAAGCCCAGUCAUUGGGCGUCGGAAGAAUAUGCAGUUAUAAUGAAUUAAUUUCCACUGGCUGGUAUAGGUGGGAGGCCUUUGUUUUUCUAUAUGAAAUGCUCGAAGAAUAUGGUACCCAUUUGGUUGAAGCAGCAUGGAAUCACCAGAUUAUGCUUUUGCUUCGUUCUCUUCCAUCAGAAAACACGGUGUGCUCUGCUAAUGGAGAACUCUAUCACAGUCGUAUGGCAACUGCUGAGCAAAUUUUUGAAUGGUUAGCAAUCUUAUGGGAGCGUGGCUUUUGCCAUGAUAAUCCUCUAGUGCGAUGCCUUAUUAUGCAAUCGUUUUUGGGAAUUAAAUGGGAUAACUAUGGAUGCUGUGCAAGAGUAGUGCCCAAAAGCUUCAUACUUGGUCCAUUUAUUCGAGCAUUAAAUGAUCCUGUACACCACAAAGAAUUUGGUGCAAAGGAAUUAUAUUCUUCUUGGGCAAUUGAAGCUUCAGCGAGAUUUCUAUGUCUAUAUGCUAGCUAUAUGGAAGAGAGGCAGCACAUUUCAUUUUUGGUCGAUCUGUCUCUUGUUCCUAAAAUGCAUUCUUUUGGACGAGCUGGGCUUAUCUGCCUUGUGGAGUGCAUAGCAGCUGCUGCUUGUGGUGUUCGGAAACCUGGAAAUCAUGAUACUGAUGCGAUCAUAGGUGAAUCUGGGCCAAACUUCUGCCAAAUUGAUAAAGGUCACUUAUUAGAUGUUUGGCGGUUUAUUCUCGAAUGUAGCAAACAACAUUUUAACACUAAAUACCGUCGUCAAGUUUGCGAAAAGAUAUUAGCAGCUGCUGCCUCAGUGAUGAGUGGAAGUGAUGUUCCUUUGGAGAUUCUUUUUCACUUCAUUUCUAGCCUGCCUCGUGAAUAUACUGAUUAUGGUGGUUCGUUGAGAUAUGUGGUUCAUAAAUGGCUCCGCGGUCCUGAUUUGCAGCUUUUGAAGGCUAUUGAUGGAUUUCCUGGGAAAUUUCUCACCUAUCACCAGUCACAAGAUUCUGAUUCCAUAUUUGACGAUGAAGAAUUAGAGGCAUGGGGAUCAGAAGCAAAACGUUGGGCUCGAGUUCUUUUCCUUGUAGUAGACAGUACAGAGCACUUCGGGCCAAUCCUUAAGUUCAUUCAAGAUCACAGAACUGAUGUCUUCAAAAAGAAGAACUAUUUAGAGCUAAUGGCAGUGAAAUUUCUCAUUCUUAUUGCCAGCUUGAUUGAGGAACUUCAAGUAAUCCAAGAGAAAGUAGCUAUUUUUCAAGUUGCAAAAAUAAAGAAUGAAGAUCUUAACAUGCCUACAAUUGUAGACAACUUCACUUUCAUGGAAGAAUCAGUUAUCUUUGUCAAGUUUGGAGUAGUAUUUCUUUCAUUUUUGGAAGAAUUGGUGUCAUUUACCAAAUUAUCGUGUUCUGUCUUUUGGUCGUCUGUGAUCACAGAGGACAUGACUCUGGCAGGUUCAGUUAGAGGGAGACUAGGGGGUCCGAGUCAAAGGCGCUUACCCUCUUCUCCAUGUACUUCUGUUUUGGAAGCUAUAACAUCCAUAAGGACGCUGGCUUCUGUGUUGAGAUGGUGUGUGCAGUCGAAAGCAGAUGGUCUGAUCCAUUCAGCUGAAAGCUUCCUCUGGAAGUCCUGCUGGAAGAUUAUCACAACUCCAGCACCUAUAUCAGAGGUUGAAGCAGAAAUACGCAUAGCUGCUUACGAAGCAUGUGCUUAUGCUUUGAAGGACUUAAUGUUUGUAUUCUCUCCAAUGACAUUGGAUAUGAUGGCAGACAUUGAUGAUUCAUUUCAGUUAGAAACAGAUGACCAAGGUCUGUUGGAUGUGUUUGUCAGUACAUUUAUGCAUAACAUCAAUCAAAUUAUUGAUGGGGGAAAAUUGACUCGAACACGACGGGCAGUUUUGAUGAAUUGGAAGUGGAGUUGUUCAGAAUCUCUUUUGUCGAUACCAAUUAAUGCACUUCGCAAUGGAGUUCAAUUGGAGACGUGUAAAUCUUUCUUCUCAAACACAAUUGUGGAACAUAUUUUUGGCGAUCUUGUUGGAAGCCUAGAAAAUGCGGGGGAGAUUUCUGUUUUACCCAUGCUCAGAUGUGUUCGAUUAAAUAUUGAACUGUUAGCUUCCCAGAUAAAGGAUUCAGCAAAAAUUUUCUGUGGUGGAAUAUCUAUCGAGAUGAUGUGGCUUUUGGUUCAUUCUUCAUGGAUAUUGCAUAUCAGCUGCAAUAAAAGGAGGGUGGCUCCUAUUGCUGCACUUUUAUCAUCUAUCUUGCAUCAAUCGGCAUUUGGGGAUCAGUUCAUGCAUAUAUCUGACGAUGGCCCUGGACCUAUGAAGUGGUUUGUUGAGAAAAUUCUUGAGGAAGGCACAAAAAGUCCACGGACAAUUCGUCUUGCUGCAUUACAUUUAUGUGGGCUUUGGCUAGCCUAUCCGAAUACAUUGCAAUACUAUAUUAAGGAGCUGAAGUUGCUAACUUUUUAUGGUUCUGUUGCUUUUGAUGAGGAUUUUGAAGCUGAACUGGCUGAAAAUCAUGAUGCAAGGGCUGAGGUAUCAUUGUUAUCGAGAAGCCUGGACCCCGAGUUAACAAAUGUGUUUAUCAACACAGAGUUGUAUGCGCGUGUAUCUGUUGCCGUGUUAUUUGCCAAACUUGCGGACAUCGCUUAUUCAGACAAUUGUACUUCUAGAAAUGAAGACAAGGUUGCAAUUAUCGCAUCUGGCAAAUUGUUUUUGCUUGAACUCCUGAACUCUGUGGUGAAUGAAAAAGAUCUCUCUAAGGAGUUGUAUAAAAAGUAUAGUGCCAUUCAUAGGCGGAAGGUUCGUGCAUGGCAGAUGAUAUGUGCAUUGGCACAUUUCGUUGACCAAGAUAUUGUUGAGGAAGUGACAUUUAGCUUGCACACAUCAAUUCAAAGGAACAACUUGCCCUCAGUUCGUCAGUACUUGGAAACUUUUGGCAUAUAUAUAUAUUUGAAGUUCCCUUCACUGGUUGGCCAACAAUUAGUUCCUCUGCUAAGGAAUUAUGAUUUGCGGCCUCAGGCUUUGUCAUCAUAUAUUUUUAUAGCAGCUAAUGUCAUUCUUCAUGGGGAAAAGACUCAGUUUGGGCACCUAGAUGAGCUGCUUCCCCCUAUAGUUCCAUUGCUGACAUCUCAUCAUCACACUUUACGUGGAUUUACACAGAUAUUGGUGUAUCAUGUUCUUGAAAAAAUGUUUCCUGAUUCAAAUCCUGCUGCCUGCUCUUCCAUGUCCUUGGAAGGAAGGUGCUUUGUCGAUUUGAGAUACUAUUUGGAGCACAACUCAGAUUGUACACGGUUAAGAGUUUCCAUGAACAGUUAUCUUGAUUCUUUUGAUCCAAUUAAGUCUGUAUCUCCAGCUGGGAUUUUUACUAACAGGGUGGCGGUGGAGGAGCAAGAAUUUGAAUGCGUUCCGGCUACACUUAUGGAACGAGUUAUUGACUUUUUGAAUGAAACAAGGGAAGAUCUUAGGUCAUCUAUGGCUAAAGAUGCAGCUGCUAUCCAGAGUGAUAGCAUCUGUAUAGAUGAAGGUCGUAAAUGUAAUGAAACAUUAAAUUACAAUGGAGGUCAUUCCACAAACCAGCUAGGGAAAGAAUUACUAUAUGACUUCCAAAGAAAAAUUUGCCUUUCCAAGAAUGAACAGCUAGAAACGGGCUCAGCAUCUUUCUUGGCUAAUAGAACAUCUCAUGGAUCUUUAUUAGACAUGGAAAAUGAAGAUAAUCUUCUUGAUCAGUUGCUAAAUAAUAGGGGAGUGAUAGAUGAGAAGUUAAAGGGAAGCAGGCAACAAAUUAUCCUUCAAGCAUCCCUUAUAGAUCGGAUUCCUAAUUUGGCUGGAUUGGCACGAACAUGUGAGGUAUUUAGAGCAGCCGGACUAGUUAUUGCAAAUAAGAAUGUACUAAAUGACAAGCAGUUUCAACUUAUCAGUGUAACAGCUGAUAAGUGGGUUCCCAUUGUGGAAGUCCCAGUGGAAAGUAUGAAAAUAUUCUUGGAGAAAAAGAAACAACAAGGUUUUGCUAUCCUAGGUCUGGAGCAAACUGCAAAUAGCAUACCGUUGGACCAGUACAAUUUCCCUGCAAAGACAGUAUUAGUUCUGGGUCAUGAGAAGGAAGGAAUACCUGUGGAGAUAAUCCACAUGUUGGAUGCUUGCAUCGAGAUCCCACAAUUAGGUAUUGUUAGGUCCCUUAAUGUCCAUGUCAGUGGCGCCCUUGCACUUUGGGAGUAUACUCGGCAGCAGAGGUUGCGAUAAGAUGCUUUGAAGCCUUACUCGAUCCGAUAGAAUCUGGUCGCUUGUUUGUACAUUUACUGGUCAUCAUCAUCAAUGUUGUAUAAAGAUCAAUUGGAGCUACAAAUCGAGUCGUGUUCUCAUGUUUAGAGUUUCUUCGAAGAAGCAUGGGAGCAUACCUCAGGCGUCCCGACGUAUGCAAACCUCCUCAUUUGUUAAUCAGUUUGAAAAUGCAGAAUAACUUGUCUGAGGUUUGAACUCUCAUUGAGCUUAAAUAUCAGUCUCGAAAUACAUUCAGUCCCCCAUGCAUCCUAAUAAUGCUUCCUAAAACUGGAACAUAUGUUGAUGUUGACAAGACUUGUAUGUUCUGUUUUCAGUUGUCAAUUAUUAGACUGAAAUUUAAUCUGGGUAGUUAGAUAUAAUGAAUGCAAAAAGCUAAUUAUCAAAUGUUAUUGUAUUUAACUUAUUAUUUUGGUUGAUUUUAGGUAUGAAGUUUGUGUAGCUACUUGUUACAAAUAUUUAAAUUUUGAAUGCAAUGGAAUCAAUUGUAUUUUAA